AUGCCAAAGGCUAUGAGAAAACGUCUCGUUAUUAGUGCCCAUGACAUCAGCGGGCAUCCUGCUGUCGAUUCAGCCAUGGCGAACAUAUGGCAAUAUUUCUGGUUCACCGAAAUUAAGAGGUACGUUCGAUUCCGCAUUUGCAUGUGUUUCGAAUGUCUAAUGGUAAAGGUACCAAGAGGGAAGCAACCAAGAGGGUUACUGUACACCCUGCCUAUUGGGAACAGGCCGUUUGAGACGGUGCAUGCAGACCAUGUUGGACCAUUCUCAACAACGGAUAGGGGCUGCAGGUAUGUCUUAGUAUUUGUAGACAGCUUCAAUAAGUUUGUUUUAUUUUAUGCUGUAGCUGGUACCAGUGCUGAAGAGACUGAGCAGUGUAUACAACGUCUUGUUGGGAUGUAUGGGCUGCCAAAUGGCUCGUGA